CCACCGGAAAUGGCCUGUGUGCCCGACAAAGGCGUCCGGGCGCGGCCGGAGAGGAGGAGACCUGACCGGGUAUGGCGUCGGGAACAUCCGGCAGUGCCCCGGGCUCGCGCAGGGGUCGGGGCGGGAGCCGCUCGCGGCGGCCCCCAACUUGGGAGCUCUCGGACUCGGACGCCGAAGACUCCACCAGCGCAGAGGCUGCCGAGAAGGCCCGGGACCCAGUCGAGAAGCGCCAGGUGGCAGAGGAGGCGCUGCGGCUGCUGCGGCCUGACCAGGCCCUGAGGCGCCUCACGGUGCGCGUGGACCCAGGUGUGGCUGAGGCCAUUCUGGAAGAUGCGAGUGCAGACGUCUUGAUGGAGGCCCUGGAGGCUUUGGGCUGUGAGCAUCACAUCGAGCCCCAGCGCCCCACGCGGAGCCUCCGGUGGAGCCGAAUGAAGCCCGACUCUUGUCCUUGCCCCUACAGCGUGUCUCCUGAGGUGUGGGAGGCAGAGGAACCUGAACUGCUGCUGCUUCUGGAGCCUGAGGAGUUUCUGUAUGGCGUCGCCCAACUGACUCAGGUCUCUAGCCCAGCCUGCACUGUGCCCUGGAGCUUUCCUGAGAUUCCCUCCUGCCCCCAUCUGGCCAUCAUUGGGCUGGACGCUUACCUGUGGUCUCACCAGCCCAUCCCCAAGGAGGCACACCAGCCAGAGAGUCCAGAGGUGGCCCAUGCCAAGGUGGCUGUUGGCUGGCCAGAGGUGGAGGAGGCCUUGGUGCUCCUGCAGCUCCGGGCAAAUAUAGAUGUGUUGCUGGUGGCCUCCUGGAAGGAGCUGAGUCAGCAUGUCUGCGCCAUCACCAAAGCCCUUGCUCAGCGCCCCUUCAAGCAGUACCAGGAGUCCCAUGCCUUUUCCUUCUGCACCGCAGGACGCUGGGCAGUGGGCAAGCCAGUGACAAGAGAUGGCACAGGGCUGCAGAGGGCCUGGUGGAGGCAGAUCAGGCAGUUUAAUCGGGUCAGCCCAGCUGUGGCUGAUGCUGUUGUCAAUGCCUUCCCCUCCCCCCGCCUCUUACAGCAGGCACUCAAGGCCUGCAGCACAGAGCAGGAACGCAUGGGCCUCCUGGCUGACCUCCCUGUGAAGGCUGGUAAGGGCACACGGCCCCGUAGAGUGGGGCCUGACCUCUCCCAUCGCAUCUGCCUCUUCCUGACCACCACCAACCCUGACCUCCUGUUGGACCUGGGCUCCUGACCACAGCUGCAGGACGUGGUGGGGCCUCCUCUCCUGUCUACCAGUAGGAUGGUACACAGCCUCAGGGACUGACUGGAUGGGAUACCUUGAGGGGCAGGGAGGGGGCAAAACUAGUACCCUUAGCCUAGGAAGGGUUCUCACUCUCUGGGUGGGUGUGACCUCACAGGUAGAACAAAGGGUGACAGGGAGAGUUCUUGAAUAACGGAUGAGCAGAUGAGCAAGUUAUUGUCUACUAGGUAGCAUGUAGGUAGAGGGUCUGGGCAGUGAGGGGGCUUCACAUGCCCUUGGCCCAGGACAUAAUGGCCAUGGGGAGCCUAGCAGCAGGGCUCUAUGUCCAGCUAGGACAAUCUGGGGGGCAGCAGAACAGCCAGGUCCCCUAUGCCACCUGGAGGCUUAGGUGGCAUCCUCUGAGAGAAGCAGUUAGGAAAUUUCUAGGUAGCAAGGGUGUCAGGAUGGAGUCAGACGCAAUAGGAGAAAACCCAUAGACGACCAGUGAGCCCCAGGCCUCCCUGUGUGGGUUUGCUUAAUCUCACAGUUGUGUGCAUGUUAGAGUUAGACUCUUAUGUUUAUUACAGUCACGGAAGUCUCUGUGACAGAGGAGCAGCCAGUCACAUGCAAAGCAAGUUAGGAAAAAACCAAGGCCACAGAAACAGGACAGCCAAACUCCAAGGAGGCCCUUCUCCUCAGGCAGCAGAUAACAGCCCCCUGGGAGACUCAAGGCU